UCUCUCUCUCUCUCUCUCUCUGAAACGAAAUCUUUCCUUCUACUUCCGUUCGGUUUGAUAGCAGUUUACGAGAAGCGAGGAAUACGAAGAGCGGAAUCAUGCAGGCUGUGAAGAGUGAAUCAGUGGGUGAAUGGGAAGAUGGAGACCACUGAAAAUGGGAAUACAUGGAGAAGCGUAACUGUAUUUCACGAUUAGUUUAUAUGGUUGACUAUACUGACUGCCCCAGCUAUAAAAAUAUAUCUAUUAAUAAUAAAGGAACAAAUGAAAUAAAUACGAACAUUUAUAGAAAUAAACGGAUUACUUAAACAAAGGAAAUAACAAAACACAUCACACGUCAAAAGAACCCGCGGGAAAAUCCUUCACCUCUUGAAUUCGAUAAAAGAAACAAAACAGAUAAAAAGAAAAGAAAAGAACGGAAAUAAGAAGGAAUAAAACAAAAAUAAAAUAUGAAUAAAAAAGAAACAAGGCCAUCUUUAAAUUAAACAAACAUUAUCAUUAAACAUACAUGAAUAAAAACGGAAAACACAAAGAGUGUCUAGCAAGGGAAGCGGAUGAAAAGUUACUAUCAAAAACCCGCGACGUUAAGGGCAAUGCCGAUAACACUUGCCAGAGAGAGAGAGAGAGAGAGAGAGAGUGAGUAUGCGUGUGUGUGUGUGUGUCAGUCGUAAUGGAGAGCGUGAGAGGAAGGUUGGUGGUGAUGGUAGCUAUCGGGCUGACAGGAGGCGUUCUAGUUAUUCAUGUCCUCAAAUCAGAAGGAAUUUUGAGUCCCAAGAAGUCUUCCAGCUCCUCCUCCGUCCUGGAUCAUGUUGUAGAGAGGGGAGACACUGCCGCCCUUCUAGAAAACCAACAGAGGGAAUGGCCGGAAGGAAUGAAGGAGGAACUGACCAUAGUAGAGAAAAUGGGUAAGGAUGACACCAACACCAACACCAUCACGGCUGAAGAUAUAAACGCCUACAACUGGAACGAUGUGAACGAACUCCUGCAGAUCUUCCAUUUAAGAGCACCGCAGAAAACGCAGGCUGACGAAGGGGACACUGCUGCAGAUGCGGAAAGGGGUGCCAACCUAACUGAGAAGGAUGCCACCACGAUUGCCACGUCGCCAGUGAAAAUCAAGAAGAGAGGAAGGGACGUGAAUAUGCCUGUUGUAAUUGCACUGGUAUUUCUCCUGGUGAUAAGCUUAAUCUCCUUGAUAAAUCUGUGCUGUUGUUGUUUUCACUGCACGAGAUGUGAGAGGAAAGAGGUGAAGGAUGAAAAACCAGUUCUCCUUUUAUAAGUGUAUGGAAGAAAGGUUUAUAUUAACCAGCAGGAAUGUGAGCGAUUAGUGUGAGAAAAGUAUUCUUUUGAAAUAGUAAUAAUAAUGAAAUAAAUAAUAAUAAUAAUAAUGAUAAUAAUAAUAAUAAUAAUAAUAAUAAUAAUAAUAAUAAUAAUAAAUAAUAAUAAUAAUAAUAAUAAUAAUAAUAAUAAUAAAUGAUAAUAAUAAUAAUAAUAAUAAUAGUAGUUGUAGGUAAUAAUGUCAAUUUAUGAACUCUUAAAAAAUAACUGUAGGAGAUAAUUAUGCACGUGCACUCGCAAGCUCAUUUGGAUCUCGGCGGAGUGAAACCAUUCAGUGGGUCAUUCACCCAUGCAAUGAGUGACACUACCAUUCACCCCCGAGCCAUUCCUCCUCCCCCGACAUCAGCCCCCCGAAGCACCUACCCCCAUCCCCCCCGCCAAAAAAAAAAUAAAUAAAUAAAUAAAUAAAUAAAUAAAUAAAUAAAAAAAUAAAUAAAUAAAUACCAUUAAAGUAUACAAGACAGUUCCGUAAAGAACAAAGCUCUUAUUUAACAUUGGAAAUUACCAAGUUACAAGAUGAAAAUAUAAAACACAAAACUGCUGACAUCAGAAAAGUUCCAUCUUAAAAGUGCAAAGUAAACAAAUAAAACACUGGCUGUUGAUAACACUUAUGGCAAGUGUUAAGACAGGCCCGCUCGGCUCUGUUUCUGUUUUCGGCCCCUAACCCUCUAUUUUGGAGUUCUGGUGGGAAGGUGGUGUUUUCGGGUGGGGAAAGCUAAAAUGUGGCCAAGCUACCGCUGCUGUUAUGGUGGUUGCCAUCUUCGAUAAUACAGAAAAAAAGAAAUAUCCAGUAAGUUAUAGUCUAUAGCUCAUUAGGGACACUAAUCUAACCUAACAUAAUUCCAAAUUUAACUUAACGUAACUAUUCCUGACCUAGCCAAAACAUUAGCUAAUCAAGCUUCACCUGCUGUGUUGCCAUCGUACCUCCGUUUAUGUUAAGUAAUGUCAGGUUAGGUAAUGCUAGUUUAGAUUAGUGAUCUUAAGUAAGUAUAGACAACAGAUUUCUGAAGAUUUUGACUAGAUUUUUUUUUUUUUUUUUUUGGUUGCAUCAAAGAUGCCGCGCAUCAUAACAACAGCAAUGGUAGCUCCCUACUUAUUUUGGAGAGGUAAAAGGUGAAAUUUGGCCAGGGCACCAAGAUUGUAUACGUAGGAACCGAAAAUAAUGGUAAAUAGAGCUGCGUAGCCAGUCUCAAUCAAUUACACUUUCGAAAUAUAUGCCGAAAGUAAAUCUCGUAUUUGAAUAAUGUUACUCCAAUGUAAGCACAUGCACACAUAUGGUAUUAAAUAUUGUUAUGAAUAAUAGCUUACUUUAAUUAUAUAUGCAUUCUUGAUUGCACACUUGAAACUUCACUUUGGAUAAGUCAAGUGUGUGUGUGUGUGUGUGUGUGUGGGUGGGUGGGUGGGUGUGCUGCAGUGCAGUGAAACCGUGAAACGUCUCACUUGUCCGCUUCACAUCAACACAGCGAAGGUGUGCGCAGCUUUUAGACAACUGCGUCGCUGUUUUUAUCAUCAAUAUUUAUUUAUUUAUUAUUCUUUUUAUUCUAUCAUCAAGCUGUGUCAGAAUCAGCACUGCUGGGCAGUAUAGUGAAUGAAAACAUCAUAAGGUAACGCCGGUAAGCAGUUAUCGUAAGUUAUAGCACCAUUGCAGGGAUUUGCAAAUAACAUGAGUGACAUAGAUAAGUAAAAAGAUAAUAAUGAUAAUAAUAUCAAUGAUGAGGAUAAUGAUAAUAAUAAUGAUAAUAAUAAUAAUAAUAAUAAUUAAUAUCAAUUAGUAUUAGUGUUAGUAAUAAUUGUUAGUAUUAGUUGUAACAGUAGUACACAGUCACCACCGUAAUCUAGAAAUUCCUUAAGUAGAACCUAAACGAAUAUAUUGAUUAAACAAGAUGCAUUCUCCUUAUUCCUUACUUCUGCAAAACCCCCGACAACCAGAGCCUCAGCUUGGAUUUCAUCCUGCAGCUGGCACACGAGUCAACUCUCAUCAAUAACACACACACACACACACACACACACUACCUAAUGUGACACGCCUGAAAAGCUGUUUCCUACAGAAGUACAACAUUAUAUACUAAAUAUUAUAUAUGUAAUUAUUUUAUUGUAUAUUUGUAUGCUACAAUUAAACGUUUCAAAUGUUAACACGUACAGCCGGAACCAUUUCCACAUCUGUGUUCCCGCCACUGGGGCAACCGCUGGAGCAGCCGAGGAGCGUCAACGCCAGCGUUUUGGCCUUGACAAGGCCCUGCGCUAUCAUAUUAUCACGCCUCUCGCCUUUAGAGAGUGGAGACUAGCCUUCGCCGAUCUACUGCAGGACACACACACACACACACACACUGAUACACCCAUGCAGUCGUAAUACACUUUUUCCAGAGACAAUCCUUGUGCUUGGCUUAGUAUAAACGCUAGAUGGAGGUGUAAUUUUCACUCAGGCUGGGAGUUUUCGCUGUUCAUCGCAUCUGACAAAAAGGAAGGUUGACAAUAGUACAGUUGCGUUGUCAUCGUCAGCCUUUGCUACCUCUCCUUACCUGCUAGUAGUGACUCGUCUCGGGUUAACACAGUUGGCGUAAAAGGUGAUGCAUCAAAAUGAAUCCAUGAACUGACUGUUGACACGUGACUGUCAGCAGCCGCCCCAGCCUCCUCCUCCAUUAAAGAUAUGUUAUUAAUGUAUUUUCAGAGAUUUUUCAAGUGAUCUUGUUGAUUUUCGAUCUCUUUAAUGUUCCCCUCCUCCCUAAGAAAAAAAAAAAAAAAAAAGAAGAU